GGACUUUCUAUACAACGCUCAUCGUCGCAAAAUCAAAAAUUUCGCCAACCAAGCCGUUAACAAUACCGCGCACUGAGCUAUGCGGUGCAGUAUUAGCUACCAAACUCACCAAAUGGGUGCUGGAGAAUAACCGAUGGACCAAUGCACAUAUAUCUACCUUUACUGGACCGAUGCUACCAUUGUUCUGCACUGGAUUAAAGGAGACAUUACUAGGUGGAAAACGUUUGUAGCCAACCGAGUGUCUUACAUUCUCGACCACACCUCAGCGGCUCAGUGGCACCACAUAGACACAUCGGAAAACCCAGCAGAUUGCGCAACCAGAGGCUUACCACCGAGCCAAAUACCUGAUAUUUGGUGGCAUGGCCCAUCCUGGCUAUGCAAACCACACAAUAUUUGGCCAAACACGCAAUCACAAUUGCUCAAUCCAGAAGAACGGGAUCUGGAGGCCAAAUCCAUAAAAAUUAGAGCCUUCACUACCUUGUCAGACACAAAGGAUUCUAUUAUUGACCGAUUCUCGUCGUAUACAAAACUGCUACGUGUCACGGCAUACAUGUUACGAUUCUGCCACAAUGCUCAUGCUCGAGCACAACGAAGUCACGGAUCACUCUCUCCUGACGAGCUGGAUGAGGCCCUGAGCAUUCAAAUCUCUCUUUUUCUCGAAAACAUCCAAUUAUAUUACCUCAUUGUCACCUAUUUACAGAUUUGGUAAUUCAACACUCUCAUCAGCUCACUCUACAUGGCGGCGCUCAAUUAACACUGGCUCACAUACGCUACAAAUUCUGGAUUCCCAGAGGCAGACAAGCAGUCAGGCGAAUCAUCCGGAAAUGCGUCACAUGUUUUAAGGUAGCUCCAGUCGUAGCGAAGCAAUUGAUGGGUGACUUGCCAUUACAUCGAGUCAACCCCCCAACUCGUCCGUUCAUUACAACAGGAGUUGACUACACUGGUGCGAUUGAACUUCAAGCCGCGCGUGUACGAGGAUCAACCACCUACAAAGGCUAUGUAGCCAUUUUUAUAUGCUUAGCAACCAAGGCGGUCCACUUGGAAGCCGUCACUGGACUUUCAACAGAGCACUUCCUGCAAGCAUUUACGCGAUUCACCGGACGUCGAGGACAAGUUCAACAUAUGUAUAGUGAUAACGGCAC